ACUUGCCUACAGGCAGGUGAGUUUCAGGGUUGGAGGUGCAUCUGACCGCUUUAAAAACCCUCCUGACCAUCCGAUUCAGCACAUUUUCCACUGUUUUCCACAGGUCGCGAGGAUGAAAGCUCAGGUGUGCUGCUCGUUGAUUGCGGUUUUGUUGUGUCUCUCGGUUUACUUGAGCACAACAGACGCCAAAAAACUGGUCACAGGAAACGGAGAGGCACAGCCAAAAAAAGCAAAGCCAGGAGUGUGUCCUAUAUUCAAUCUUGAUGGAGCAGUGUUCAAAGCGUGUUUGGAGAUGUGUUCCCAUGACGGUAACUGUCCGAAUGAUGAUAAAUGCUGCAGCACUGGAUGUGGACAUCAGUGUAUGCCUCCGUAUAAAGAAAAACCAGGAGUGUGUCCAAAAAUCAAUCUUGAAGAUGACAUGAUAGGAGAUUGUGCUGAGUUGUGUUCCCAAGAUGGUGAGUGUCCGGAUGAUGAGAAAUGCUGCAGCAAUGGAUGUGGACAUCAGUGUAUGCCUCAAUAUAAAGAAAAGCCAGGAGUGUGUCCAAGCAGUAACCUUAAAUUAGGAGCGUGUGCUGAGAUGUGUUCCCAAGAUGGUAACUGUCCGAAUGAAGAGAAAUGCUGCAGCAAUGGAUGUGGACAUCAGUGUAUGCCUCCAUAUAAAGAAAAGCCAGGAGUGUGUCCAAAAACCAAUCCUCAAGAUGCUAUAAUAGGACUGUGUGUUGAGUUGUGUUUCCAAGAUGGUGACUGUCUGAAUGAUGAGAAAUGCUGCAGCAAUGGAUGUGGACAUCAUUGUGUGUCUCCAUAUAAAGAAAAGCCAGGAGUGUGUCCAAACAGUAAGUUUGGAAUAGGAGUGUGUGCUGAUAUGUGUUCCCAAGAUGGUGAGUGUCCGAAUGAUGAGAAAUGCUGCAGCAAUGGAUGUGGACAUCAUUGUGUGUCUCCAUAUAAAGAAAAGCCAGGAGUGUGUCCAAACAGUAAGUUUGGAAUAGGAGUGUGUGCUGAUAUGUGUUCCCAAGAUGGUGAGUGUCCGAAUGAUGAGAAAUGCUGCAGCAAUGGAUGUGGACAUCAGUGUACGGCUGUAUCUAAAGUAAAGCCAGGAGUGUGUCCAAAGAGAUUCCCUGGAGUAGGAUUGUGUAAAGGGUUGUGUGUCAAUGACAUUGACUGUCCAAAAGAUGAAAAAUGCUGCAGCACUAAAUGUGGACGUGAAUGUACACCUCCAUUUAUAGCAGAACCAGAAAAGCCAGGAGUGUGUCCAAGCAGAAGCCUCCGAAUAGGAGUGUGUGCUGAGAUG